GAAAAAAUAAUUAUUUUUUAGAUAUACGGGAAAAAAAUAUUUUGACAGUAGUCCAAGCCAGCAGUGCCACCUUUAAAAUGGAAUAACAUAUAAGAGUAGAUCAAAUAACAUUUUUGGACACAGCUUUAAUUCAAUUGGACGAUGUCGGUGUUUAUUUUUUCUGAUUGGCUGUACUAAAAUUGAUUAUUAAGUUGUCUUUAAAUUGUAAAGACGAUUAAUAGACACAUUCGCAGUAAAAUCGGUAACAUUGCUAUAUUAUUAAUAUUUAAUCCAGACGGCUGUUUAGACUGUUUCGUGAAAGUAGUGUUUUAAAAUAGCCUAAAUUGCUUUUGCUCCAGAGUAAAUAACCACCAAUCAGAAGCCACGCUCCUGCGUGUUGCUAGGCAGAUUAUGUUAAUAUAUGCAAUGCAGCCAUCUCUGCAGCUACCAUUCUGAGGUAAGAACAACUACGCUUUCCACUAAAUGUAAGAAAACCAGGGAUUUCUUCACGACUAUUUGUAUAACUUGACUGUUCCGUUGCCUUUCUGUUGAUAUAUAUUAAGUGUGCGGAUUGUUUGAGCGCUUAUGUACCGGUAGAAAAUACGUAUUUUUUUCUUUAGGUCUCUCUUCGGAUGUGGUUGUUGUUGUUAGUCCCACCCAAAAUGGAGCCCGUUCUUCCUUGUUCACAGCAGACUUGAAGGGCUGGGCUCAACUAGAAUCGGGGCACGGGCUGUCUCAAGAGUGAAGAGAUAGGUGACGUUGCUGGCAACAGGCUUGGCACCGUGCUACCAUGGAGACCAAGCAGGAACCCUCAGCUGUGUGGAGUCAGACUUCUAAUAAUGAUUCAGGCAAUGGCGCACAGGUGCAUUUUGAAGGUGGCACGGUGGCCCAGAUUGUCUACAGUGGUGAUCAGGAGGACCGGGGACAGCAGCAGGUGGUUUAUACAGCAGAUGGGAACUCCUAUACCUCUGUAGAGUCUGCAGAGCACACACUGGUUUACAUACACCCUGCAGAUGGCACUCAGACUGUAUUUGCUGAUCAGCCACAAGUGGCUUAUAUUCAGCAGGAUGGUACAACGCAACAGGUCACAGUUUUACUGCCCAGUGGACAGAACAUGAAUGCUGCCAAUCUGCAUGUUCUCAGUAAUGUAGCAGAGGCUCCCCAAGCCAUCCUGGAGCCAGUUUCCCAGGAGCAGCUGUCUGCGUCCAAUUCGCUCCCUUCCAUGGCUGACAUGGCGGACCCCCCCAGCAGUCCCCUUGGGGCCACCGACUCCACAGAUGAUUCUGAUGAAGACGAGGAUGAAGACUCUGAGAUGGAUGACUGGGAACCUCGUCAGCCUCAGUCAUUCAACCCUCACAAUCUGUGGUGUGAGGAGUGCAAUAAUGCCAACUCCUCUGUAUGCCUAAAGCAUGGCUCCCUGCACCCCAUCCCCAACCGGCCUGUGAUGUCCAAGGCCAGAGCCAGUCUGCCUCUGGUCCUCUACAUCGAUCGCUUCCUGGGUGGGGUGUUCUCCAAGAGACGCAUCCCAAAGCGUACACAGUUUGGUCCUGUGGAGGGACCCCUGGUUCCUCAGAGUGAACUGCAUGACCACUACAUUCAUCUGAAACUAUGCAUGCUUGAUGCAGAGAAAGAUGGAGAGAAGUCUGACGACAUGUGGUUGGACCUGUCUGAUGAGGACAGCUGUAACUGGAUGAUGUUUGUGAGACCUGCUCAGAACCACCUGGAGCAGAACCUGGUGGCCUAUCAGUAUGGCUCAGAGAUAUUUUACACAACCAUCAAGAACAUCCAACCCAAACAAGAGCUCAAGGUGUGGUAUGCAGCAUCAUAUGCAGAUUUUGUCAAUCAGAAGAUCCACAAUGUUACAGAAGAAGAGAGAAAAGUGCUCCGGGAGCAAGAGAAGAACUGGCCUUGUUACGAGUGUAACCGGCGCUUUGUGAGCUCCGAACAACUGCAGCAACAUCUUAACAUGCAUGAUGACAAGUUAAACUCUGUGACAAGAUCCAGAGGUCGGGGCCGAGGAAGAGGCAGGAGGAGAUUUGGGACGGGAAGGAGACCAGGACGCCCACCUAAAUUUAUACGUUUGGAUCCACCAGGAGACACCAGUGGGGACAAGACAACAGAAAUGCUGGAAUUGACAGAGAAGCCGCUGGAGGAGCGAGUGGAUGGAGUACAGAAUGGGCUGAAGGUGGUGGAGAUGGAGUCAGAGACAGAGGCUGGGACCGAGACAGAGGGCCAGCUUAUACCACCUGCAGGGGAACCAGUUCCAGAGUCUGUCACCCCGCCCUCCACCACAGAUCUGCAAGUUCCACUAAAGGAGGACCCGGCACAGAGCAGCCAAUCAGACGCCCACCUCACAUCUCAGGACAUGCGGCGUGCCAAGAGGAUACGGAAUGCAGCGCUGCAGCACCUUUUCAUCAGGAAGAGUUUCCGUCCUUUUAAAUGCACCCAUUGUGGCAAGGCCUUUCGGGAUAAAGACAAGCUGGAUCAGCACCUGCGGGUGCAUGGCCGGGACGCCUAUGCCUUUUCUUGCCACAUUUGCAGCAAGAGCUUUAUGAGUGACUCGGCCCUUGAGGACCAUCUGUUAGUGCACACGGAGAACCGCUCCUACUCUUGUCUCUUAUGCCAAGAAACCUUUGAAAGGCUGGACCUGCUCAAAGACCACGUAGCAGUGCAUGCUGUGGACGGCUGCUUCACCUGUCCUUCCUGCAAGAAGACAUUUACUGAUUUUAUCCAAGUGAAGAAGCAUAUCCGCUGCUUCCAUUCAGAAAAGAUCUUCCAGUGCCCAGACUGUGAAAAGGCUUUCUGCCGGCCAGACAAGCUGCGUUUGCACAUGUUACGCCACUCUGACCGCAAGGACUUCCUGUGCUCAACAUGUGGCAAACAAUUCAAGAGGAAAGAUAAGCUGCGGGAGCACAUGCAGCGAAUGCACAAUCCUGACAGAGAGGCCAAGAAGGCUGACAGAAUCCACCGCUCCAAAACCCUUAAACUGAAGGUGCCCACCACCGACUUCGAGAGCUUCAUGUUCAAAUGCAGAGUAUGCAUGAUGGGAUUCAGGCGCAGAGGAAUGCUGGUCAAUCAUCUGUCCAAGCGUCAUCCAGAGAUGCGUAUUGAUGAUGUGCCUGAGCUAACGCUGCCUAUUAUCAAGCCCAACAGGGACUACUUCUGCCAGUAUUGUGACAAGGUUUAUAAGAGUGCCAGUAAGAGGAAAGCACACAUACUGAAGAACCACCCUGGGGCAGAAUUGCCUCCCAGCAUCCGGAAGUUGCGUCCGGCUGCUCCUGGUGAGCCAGACCCCAUGUUGAGCACACACACACAACUGACAGGCACCAUCGCCACUGCACCGGUCUGUUGCCCACACUGUGCCAAACAAUACAGCAGCAAGACUAAGAUGGUUCAGCACAUCAGGAAGAAGCAUCCAGAGUUUGCCCAGCUUGCCAACACCAUCCAGACUCCUCUGACUACAGCUGUUAUCAGUAGUACUCCUGCAGUCAUCAGUGCAGAUGGUACCACAGCUGAGGCUGUAGUGACCACAGAUUUGCUGACCCAGGCCAUGACAGAGCUUUCUCAGACACUAACCACGGACUAUCGCACAGCGCAGGGAGACUACCAGAGGAUCCAGUACAUCCCAGUGUCUCAGGCAGGAGGCAACCUGUCUCAGCCGCAACACAUUCAGCUGCAAGUGGUGCAGGUGGCUCCGGCUUCCUCCCCACAUUCCCAGCACCCCACAGUAGAUGUUAGCCAGCUGCAUGACCCUCAUGGCUACAGCCAGCACUCCAUCCAGGUACAACACAUCCAGGUCAAUGAGCCCUCAGGCACUGGACAAGGUGCCACCCAGGUCACCGGUCAGCCUCUAAGCCCCACCUCCCAGCAGCCCAAUCAGGAGCUGAGCCCCACACAGCUGACACCUGUGACCUUAGCUCAGAGUCACACCCUGCAGACCAGCAGCACCCAGCAGCAGCAGCAGCAGCAGCAGGGGACUGUGCAGCAUGCUUACAUACCUGGGAACUGGAACUACAGAGGCUACUCGUCUGAGAUCCAGAUGAUGGCCCUACCUCACGCACAAUAUGUGAUAGCCGAGGCCAGCACGCCUGUAUCUGGAGUGAACAGCAACCAGGUGAAAACGACACACUACGUUAUCUCCGAAGGUCAGACUGAGCUGGAGACCAAACAGGGUGUUCAACAGAGCACAACCCAGGCCCACACUGAACAUCUGGAGCAGCAAUCGACCAAUCAGCAAGCCACCACGCAGUACAUUAUCACCACAACCACCAAUGGCAGCGGUACUAGUGAAGUUCACAUCACAAAACCCUAAACUGUUAAGUGAUGAGCUCUGCAAAUGAAGUGCAGACCCAUGGACUGAACCUGCAUGUAUACCUCAGCAGCUUGUAUGCACAUUAAUGAACAAACACACAGUCAUAUGCACAUGGAUACAGACUUGUGUACAUACAGAGCUGAAAUGGGAAUGAAUUGGUGACCAGCACAGUUUUAUGUGUCUAUCAAGUGUUAAGUUGCAAGUUGCCAGGGCUUUGUGAGAAAAUAAAGUUAGUAGAGAAAAAAAUGUUAUGAUUUUGAACAGAAUAUAUAAACAACAACAACAACAACUGACGCCUUGUUUAAAUACACAGCACUGGAAAACAUUGUCAUUGCAACUGCUGAAAACAGGAACAUUAUAUAAUUGUAUCAAAAACAGGGUUCCUGUACACAUUUGAAAGUAUGGACAAUGAAAGCGAUCAUUUUGAGGUCUUGCUGUGUGAGCUACUGGUCUGAAGUGGUGAAAAAGUUUUAUUGCUCAGUCCUUACACAGAUUUGAGUGCCCAUUUUACAUAUUUGUAAAGUUAAAGACAUUUCUUAAAAUAUAGUAUUUGUAAAUGAAAUCUUGGAAAGAAAGACAGAACUGAAAAAUGUGUGGAAAAAAAAUACUGUACAAAACAGUCCUGCAGUUGGCCUUCCAAUACAGGUCAUUGUAUUUUUUGCCCAACACACCAUCUGUUGUAUUGUAUGUUACCAUAUUGUUGGUGAUAUCUGAUGUGAUUUGUCUCCAUGAAUUUGCUUUUGAGAAUGUCUCAGACAUCUGUUUUUAUUCACGUGCUGGAUUGUCCUGAUUUCACCUGAAUUUUUGUCAUCAUCCCAA